GUCGUACAUCAAGCCCAUAAUUACUUCUCCUCGCUUACACUCUCAAGCAAGACAUGAUUUAUCCUUAGCCUUGUGUGUCACUCUGAGCUCAACAUCACAACCACACCACACCAACACUCAACAAAGCACCUAUCCACAAGCAACAUGAAAGCCCUCGGAGUAUCCACCUUCAACGGCCCCUCCAGCCUGGAAGUCCUCACCCUCCCCGAUCCGAAAAUACAAGGCCCAGACGACCUCAUAGUCCACGUCCACGCCCUAGGACUCAACCGCUCCGACCCAAUGCGCAUCUCGGGCUGGUCUCGCAUCGUAGAAACAAUCUCCCUGCCUCUCGUAAUGGGCGCCGAUUUCUCCGGCACGGUAAAAGAAACCGGGGAUAAUGUACAAGAAUACAAGAUAGGAGACCGCGUCUACGGCUUCUCAUUCUGGGUCCAUGGCGCGGGAGCUCAAUAUCUACAUCUCACGCCGGAGACGAGACAUUUUAUCUCCAAAAUGCCAGACGGGAUGAGCUUUGAGGAGAUGGCGGGCACGAGUUCGAUUUGUACGGCUAUUUGCGCGUUGUUCCAGGCGGAAGCGAAAUUUGGAGGACCGGGAUGCUUGAAAGGGAAGACGGUGUUCGUGGUAGGUGGAUUGGGAGGCGUGGGGAAUGUGGCUGUUUCGUUGGCGAAGGGUGUUUUCGGGGCCGGUAAGGUGAUUACAACGGUUUCGAGUGGGAAGGUGGGCAUGGUGGAGGAGGUUUUUGGGGAGGGGAUAGUGGAUCAGGUUGUCGAUUAUGGGAAGCAGGAUGUGGUGAAGAGUGUGGGGAAGGGGAAGGUUGAUUUUUUGUUUGAUACGGUGGGGACGGGGAUGGCGUAUGUGGAGGUUGUGAAGGAGGGUGGUGUGUUGCUUUCUUUGUUGAGUAAGUCAAGUGAGACGUUGAAGAGGGAGCUACUUACUGCACCGGUGUGGAUGUGUUGGAUUGUUGACGCAAUGCUGGGGGUUCAGUGGUGGAGGGCUGGGAGGUGGGGAGUCCAAUAUGAUGGUACGUCUACGAAUUUUGAUGGGAGGUUUGCGAACGCCGUGGAGAAGUGGGGAAGAGAAGGGAAGUUGAAGCCGCUUGUAGGAAGAGUGAUUGAUUUAGGGAAUGGAGAGGGUUUGAAGGAGGUAAAGGCAGUGUUGGAGAUGAUUGGGUCGACUAAAGGGACGUUGGGCAAGACUGUUGUGAAGAUGGAUGGAUUAAGCGAUAAUUAAGCGAUAAUUCUUGAUUUCUCUUCUCCUACUUCGUACUCGUAUCUCUGAUCAUGGAUAUUACAAACCUAGACUCCAAUACCCCAAACGCCAAAAACGUGUUUAUGGUAGCUGUAUAAGUCGUCAACUGAUAUCUCUCCUCCCCUCUCCUACCGAAUUGCGCCUGUCUGAAAUGCUGUGACAUUAUGCUGUGGG